AUGUUGGCAAAACUUAUUCAGUUAAUUGCAACCAUCUUAGGCUUAAUCAAAAAUGAUUAUAAUGCUGAAAAGUUAAGACAAGGGUUGAUAGAGUGUAAUAAGGCAUCCAAAAAAUUAAGGGACUCUAUGAGAUAUGCCAAGACGAUUGGCGAAAAGCAGCACCUCGAAGCCCAGAUGCGGCAGGUGAAAACAUUAAGAAACCAACUAAAAGCCGAACAGAAGAAGGGGGCGGGACUUAACUCUCGACCGGAGACUGCGUACAAGAGGGUACAAUGGGAUGACUCUAUAUCUGCAUUCAAUUCAAGAAUUCGGACUGGUGUCAUCUCAAACCUUAAACACAAGGACCCGAGUAGUUUCCUGGUAGAUUGCAAAGCUUUGUUUAAGCGACGAAUUCAGAACGCUCUUAAGACUGAUGAGGCAGUAAAGGUGAAUAUGGCAUUUGGUGGGGAAUUUGAAGUAGCCAGCGGAGAUAUGAUCCUAAAUGAAACCAAGUAUUUCACUACUUCAAACUCUCCCAUAUACAAAGACACAAACUUGGAUGAGUGGUUUGAAAAGAAAGUAGUGGAGCCCAUCUCCAGAGAUUUGGAAGAAUUCCAAGAACGCGAUUCUGGAUGGGCUCUAAAGGCAGUUGUUAACCUAGGGGUCAACAUUAACAAAUUUACGCCGCAACUUGGAUCCUCCUACAUUGAACUUCCCCCUCAGAUAAAGCGAAAGAAGGCAUGUAUCAAUGUUAAGAACGAUGACGAGGCAUGCUUUGCAUGGGCUGUCAUAUCGGCAUUAUAUCCAUGUCAAACUAACUCCGCUUUAAUGUCAUCUUACCCGCACUACUCGAGCAUAUUAAAACUUAAAGGUAUUCAGUGGCCUAUGACCAUCAAACAGAUUCCGAAUUUUGAAAAGCAGAAUAAUAUUUCAAUCAACGUUUACAUUUUGAAAAAGGAGAAGAACAGUACGAUCCUCCCAACCUUCCUAACAAAGAACAAGAAGGAUAAACAUGUGAAUCUUCUUCUUGUUCAAGAUAAAUAUGAUGAGCAAGGUCCGAUUAGAUAUCAUUACGUUUGGAUAAAAAAUCUAUCCCGGCUCCUUUCCAAACAAUUGAGCAAUGAAAAUGGAACAAAAUAUUUCUGUGAUGCCUGCCUACAUUAUUUUCGAUCACAAGAAAAGUUAAAUUUUCAUAAGACAUGCUGUAAAGGGCGAUCAGAUGUUAUCUGUGAUAGGUGUUUACAACCAUUUUCAUCAUCUGCACAUCUAGAAGCCCAUACCGACGAUUGUGAAAGAAUGAAUGAAACAGCCAUCAAAAUGCCAGAAGAAAGUCGUAAAAUGUUAAGAUUUAAGAAUUUCAGGAAUAAGAUUAAAGCCCCCUUCGCCGUAUACGCAGAUCUCGAAAGUGCUUUGAAGCGUACAGGAGAUCCUGAGAAACAUCAAGAACAUAUUCCUGUAGCAGUUGGGUAUUUCUUCAAAUGUUCAUAUGAUGAUACCCUAUCAUUUUAUAGCUCAUAUCGAGGAAAGGAUUGCAUGAAAUGGUUCGCAGAUGAACUUAAUCAGCUUGCUGAGAAAGUUUCUACAGUGUUCAUGUGCCCAUAUGAUAUAAAUAUGACAUCUCAACAAGAGAGUGAUUUUCAUGCAGCCACGCAUUGUCAUAUCUGCGAGCAACGCUUCUCCCUCGACGAUAAGAAAGUGCGGGACCACGACCACCUCACUCCAGAUAAUAACUACAGAGGGGCUGCCCAUGAAGGGUGUAACAUUAAUUACAAAGAUGCUCACACUAUCCCAGUGAUAUUUCAUAACCUUAGCGGAUAUGACGCCCAUUUCAUUGUUAAUGAUAUUGCUACACAUAUCAAAGGCCCCGUAGAUCUUGAUGAUGCUCGAAUUAGAUUCCGUUUUGUCGAUAGUUUUCGAUUCAUGGCUUCUUCUCUCGAUAAGCUCUCUUCAUAUUUGACCGAAUAUCCUAAUCUCCGAUCCCAAUAUACUUCACUUCCUGAGGAGAAUUUUCACCUUCUAACUAAGAAAGGUAUCAUGCCAUAUGAUUAUAUUGAUUCAUUUACAAAAUUUAGUGAAACGUCUCUACCUCCUAUCGAGUCUUUUUACAAUAAACUUGAGGAUAGACCAUGUCCUCGUCGACAUUAUCGUAGAGCCCAAGAUGUAUGGUCUUCAUUCUCAUGUUCCACUCUCGGGGAUUAUAUUGAUUUAUACAUGAAAACAGACAUUCUUCUUCUUGCCGACGUCUUUGAGCAAUUUCGAUCCAGUUGUCUCAAAACAUAUAAUCUUGACCCAGCUCAUUACUUUACUCUUCCCGGCUUCACGUGGGAUGCAAUGCUUAAACAUACAAAACAGGAACUGGAGCUUCUAACAGAUCCAGAUAUGUUUUUGUUUGUGGAGCGUGGUAUUCGCGGUGGUUUGAGUCAAGUAUGCUCGAAACGCCGCGUUCACGCCAAUAACAAGUAUAUGGCAUCUUACGAUCCUUCGAAGCCUGACUCCUAUCUGAUAUAUUUCGAUGUCAAUAAUCAAUAUGGAUGGGCGAUGUCGCAAUUCCUUCCGUAUGGAGGGUUCGAGUGGGUCGAUGUCAACAUUGAUGUCCUGUCCAUACAUGACGAUGCUUCUGAAGGGUACUUUCUCGAGGUUGAUCUGGUGUACCCCCAACAUAUCCACGAUCGUCAUAAAGAUCUCCCGUUUUGUCCUCAAUCAUUGAACCCUAAAACUAUGCUUCCUCCUAAACGACCGCGAGAGCAAACCAAAUUGAUGGCUACCCUUCAUGAUAAAGAAAGAUACGUAAUUUAUUACAGGGCCUUGAAGCAAGCGCUAGCUCACGGAUUGCUGCUAAAAAAGAUUCAUCGCGUCCUGAAAUUUAAGCAGUCUCCUUGGUUAAAGAGCUACAUCGACUUGAAUACAAAUCUCCGGAAGGCAGCGAAAAAUGAAUUUGAGAAAAACCUUUUUAAGCUCAUGAACAACGCGGUGUUCGGCAAGACCAUGGAGAAUGUGCGCAAGCGCGUUGAUAUUAAAUUGCUUACUGAAUGGGAGGGUCGUUACGGAGCUGAAGCUAGAAUAAGCAGUCCAUUGUUUAAAAAUGCUACUAUUUUUAAUGAAAAUUUGGUAGCUGUCGAGAUGCAUAGAGCGGAAAUAUGGUUAGAUAAACCAAUAUAUGUGGGCAUGAGUAUAUUGGAUUUGGCUAAAACUACGAUAUAUGAUUUUCACUAUGGGUAUUUAGAUAGAAGGUUUGGUGAGAACUUUACGACCUGCUAUACAGAUACCGAUAGUGUGAUCGUGGAAAUAAGGGAAAAAGAUCCUUAUGAGGCUAUGAAAACAGACUGCCAUCAGCACUUUGACACUUCUGACUAUCCUAAAGACAAUAUUUAUGGCAUUCCCCAGGUUAACAAGAAGGUGUUGGGUAUGAUGAAGGAUGAGAAUAAUGGCUGCAUUAUGACUGACUACAUAGGGCUACGAUCUAAAUUAUAUACAACAAAAGUAGCUAUCACAGAUAAUGACAUCAAAAAACUGAGGGGGAAUUUGAUAGAUCAGGAGUAUGAGGACGAUGAGAUUGAAAUACUUAUUAAAAAUUAUGGUGUGACAAAGAAGGCGAAGGGGGUUAAGAAAUCUGUUGUAAACACUAAAAUUACUUUCGAAGACUACGUCGAGUGUUUAGAUACCUUUACAACAAAGGCAGCCUCACAGAAUCUAAUACGCUCAGAUAAGCACCAUGUUUAUACCAUAACACAAAGCAAGAUUGCGCUCAGCCCCAAUGAUGAUAAAAGAUAUCACCUUCCGGAGUCUUAUGAUACGCUUCCGUGGGGGCACUAUUUAAUUGAUAAUCUUGAGAUGUAUGCUGAUUAA